AUGAAGGAUGUUGGUCUUUGGACAAUUUCCAAAGUUGUUUUGAAUCACUCACAUCCUUGUUGUCCAAACCAGGUUGAGAUGCUCAAACAACACAGGGAGCUUAGCAUGUUCGUGCGUCGCACCAUUGAAAUCCACGAGGAAGCUGGAAUCAGACCGAGCAAAACCUACCAAUCAUUUGUGGCAGCAGCUGGCAGCCACCGUGAACUAGGUUUUAUAGAAAAAGAUGUAAGAAAUUACAUCACAAGGGAAGUACGGAAUAUUUCAGAAAAAGAUGAUGCCAAAGAAUUUGGGAAGUACCUAGUAAGAAUGAAAGAAAAGAACCAAAAUUUCUUCUUUGAGCUCAACCUUGAAGGCGAUCACUGCAUUAAAUAUGCAUUCUGGGCUGAUGCAGGAAGCAGGGAUGCAUUCGAUUACUUCGGAGAUGUGGUUUCAUUUGAUACCACAUAUAACACAAACAGGUACAAUUUGGUUUUAGGUUCUUUUGUUGGUGUAAAUCACCACAGGCAGUCGACACUUCUUGGAUGCGCGCUGAUGAAAAAUGAGGAUAUUCAAUCAUUCAAAUGGCUAUUUGAGUGUUGGCUACAUUGCAUGGGAGGGAAGGCACCAAAAGGUAUUCUUACCGAUCAAUCCGCAUCGAUCCAAAGGGCAAUUGAGCUAUGCAUGCCAACAACAAUUCACUGUUGGUGUAUCUGGCACAUCAUGAAAAAGACCCCAAGCAAACUAAAUGGCUACAAGGGACACAUUGAUAUUGAACAAGAGAUGAGCCAUGUUGUUUGGAACUCGUACACAAAAGAUAAUUUUGACAGAAACUGGAAUAAUUUCCUCAUAAAGUAUGGUCUCGGAGGCAACAAGUGGCUUUCAGGUAAUUGA